AGUUUAUAUUGUCCAUUUAGCAAAUUCAUAUCGACUUGGCAGAUAGAUGGAGAGGAUUUUUUAUAUAUUCUUCGAAGAACUCUCCAGCCAACUCAAUCGAGAUGGCUUGCAAACAAGACAGGCUCGAAAGAAUGCAAGAGAUCAUCUCAAUUCAAUAAUCUCUGGCAUUUGUGAUGGACAAAACUUGGCACCCGAAGAAUCUGCUCGUUUGGCAGUAGAAACAGCUAUAAAUUUUCACAGGGACAUGAAGGCAAAAAAUUCACAAAUUUGUUUGAUGGGAAAAUUUCACAACAUCUUGUACAUUGCUCUUAAAACAUCUUGGGACUGGAGUGUCACAGACAGCAUCACAGUUUGCUCACUUCUUGGAGAAAUCUACUCAUGUGAGAAAACCUUUGAACGAUUAUUUUUGGGAGCUAUCUUCGGCACCAGCGCGCCCUACUUUAUUGCAGGCUGGAAAUCGGAUUUUAGAGAUCAGGAUGAAAAUAGUAGAGCCAUGGUGUACUUCUUGGAGCAUGCAUCGAGACGGAGAAUUGAAUUUCCCGUCCAUGGUGGAGCUUCAGAGGAAAAUAAUCCCAGAAUGACACGAUUCAUCGAUGUGCCAAUUGAAUCGUGUGGCAUGGCUUCACCUCUACGUGUCACUCUGCAAGCGGGAGCUCCGGAUAUUUUGCUCAUUUUGUUGAGAUAUGGUGCCAAUCCAAAUCCGAAAGACGGAGGGUCGAGUCCUAUAAUCGCAUUACUAGAUAAAUUACUUGAGUCACAGGAUAGACGAUAUCCAUACCAAUUAGAAGCGUGCUUGAAAAUACUGAUGAGGGCUGUACCAUUUAUUGAUCUACCAUUUAAGCCAUAUACUUUUGAUAUGCGGAAGGAAGUGUUUAUGGACAAAUACAGUGUGCUCAUCAAGGACGGUCUCAUAUCGGAAGACCAAAUACACGGUGUGACAUCUCUCAAGCAUUUGGCAAGGUGUACCAUUCGUCAGCGCUUGGGAAAUACCGGGAAAUUGCCCACAGGCAUAAAAAAUCUCAGGCUUCCGCGUCACCUGAAGCGAUAUAUUGACUUAAUGGAGGACUAAUUCGCUGCACCAGAUCUGCCAGACACAUUGACGCAGUCUUCCCCCGUGGCAGCAGGUGAACUACAUUGUCCAAACUUUCAUCACUUCAACUCAGUAGAAUCUUUUACGGCCUAUAUCAACCAUUUGGAAAUAUUCCAUAAAAAUAAUUGAAUAAUUUAUUGCAGUGAACCCAGUGGAGUCCAUGUACUUAAAAAUGUUAUUACGCAAUAUCCCCACCGAAAAAUAUACAUAUUCAUUAUAUAUAAUCACAUAAAAA